GCAAAUACCACCUACCUCAGCAGGAGUUCAUAAAGCCCAGGGAAGUCAGUCAGGGAGAGAAAAACCUAUGGCGCCCAUCUGGAGAGGAGCAUAUUGACAUCAACCUUGAGGAACAUGGAGAAGUAUGGAGCAUGCGCAGAAGGACACAUUGACGUCACCCAUUCCUCAGGCCCUCUCUUGACACCUCGUCAGUAGUAGAGACUGACCGAACAAUAGGCCUCGAGUGUGGGCAUUCCUGGGGCCCCACUUCUCUCUGUGGCUUCGGUCCACUACUAGUCAUGGCCCGCAAGCUCUAUUGGCGAUAUAUAUACAUAGUGAGGAAUGAGAAUGGUGAGGAGAUAGCUCAGGUCCCCACCUUAGAGGCUGCCUUGGCGAUGGUGGGUGGCAACCCUAGUGGAGGUGACGCGGGCUGCGUAACGGCACUAAAUAACAGUGGCAGCCAGUUCCGUGAGGCUGUGAUUAGGAUUCCGAGGCGCCGUUCAUCACAAAGGCGGCGGCGAACCACAUUGCAGUUCACACUGUGGCAGGUGGAGGAAAUGGAAAAAAUGUUCAAAGAAACCAAGUACCCAGAUGCGCUGACCAGGAAGGAACUUGCACAAGCUUUGAAUAUUCCUGAAGUCAAAGUGAAGACAUGGUUUGUCCAUCGGAGAGCAGAAGAGAAGAAGAGAGAGAGGUCUGUAGUAUUACAGAGCAUACCUCCUCGUAUUGAAAAAGUGAUUCUCCUUAGGGAAAGGGAAGGCAAUCCCCAGAGUGCAAUCUAUGUUCAGGGGCAAGAUGGAAAUUUGGUGACACCUGUAUUCAAUGUACAGCUUAACUAAAAUUCAACACUCAUGUUAACAAUAAAAUCAUGAAUUUCCAAGUUA